UCUCCCAGCAAUUGCACAACCUCAUUGCUAUUGUAGAAAGAAGCCUUUGUGAAACCCAGUUGAAAGUAAAACUACAUAUUGUGUAAGGCAGAGUGUCAGCCCUUCGAAGGUGGGACUCCACAAGCAGGUGAGCUAGAGAUGAAGACUGCAGAAGACACCCCCCCACACACUUGCCAUUUUUUUUGUGCCUCGCUUCUUCAAAAUAGACAUUAACACAUAAUUUUGGGACAGCUCUUCCAGAUUCUCUGGUGUGCCUUGUUUCACCAAUUCAUCUCAGCUCAUCAGCAAGUCCAUCUCAACAUUGAUUAAUCAGAGCAAAAACACCCCACCCAUUAUCUCGUAAAAUGAAAAUUUGAUGUGAAUGUAGAAAAUAUGAUUUGUUUUUAGCUUUAAACUCUCUUGAUUACCUGUUGCUUUCUUAGCAGAAUCAUCAAAAGAAGCUCUCAAUCUUUGUGCAAAAUUCUGAUAGUUCUCCAAUACUAGAUAUUUGAUAUUGGGCAUACUUCAUUUGGCUGUCUCUUUCAGCAAACUCAGAAUAAAAGUCAUCUCGAUGAGGUCUGUGGUAUAUUCUGUCAUCCCACAUCAGUAUAAACCAUCUCAAUGUGAAGCUAUAAAAGUUAGAAUUGAUCCUGAGCAUUUCCAAAACUUUUCUGGCAAGCUCCCAUGUCACUGCUGGUUGAGGUAAGCCAUGUUGCAAAAGCUGUGCUAGGUGCAUCAUGGAAUUUUGCUUUAUAAAUCCACUUGUUAGUGUUACAAUAAUGCUGCAACAAGAUGCUUAGCAGAUGGUUGAGUGCUCUGAAGAUCAGAUCUUUGAUCCAAGAUAAAGAGUCUGCUUCUCCUAAUAGGUGUCAGUUCAAUGUAGGCCAUGGCAGGAAAAAGAUUCUGCAAGAUAUACAGUACUGGAUUUGUAAUCUACAUUACAGUAGAAUUUUGGAAAUCUAACAGCAUUUUCUCUUCCUCAUAAUUAAGUGAUCCUGUUUAAAUUUCUUUCUAGAGUUGUCUUCUUUCUUGGACUUCAAUUGUAUUUGGCUAACUGCUACAUUCCUCCUCCAAGAUUUGUGCUUUGUUAUGCUGGACUUGUAUAAUUAGUGAACCCACAAAUUUGAAAUCAUGUUUAGAAUAUUGUGAAUGUAUGUAUGGUUUGGUAUAUUGUACAAAUAUAACCUAAAAAUGACCCCCUUUUUGGAUCUUAAGUGUAGAUAAAAUUAAAUGUAGGCAGCCUGCCCUUGAGGACAAUCUUCUCGAAACUAAUGUGUUGGAAGUACUGCUCAAAGAAUUCCCAUUAUGAUGUCACAAUGCUUACUGUUGGUAUCAUCAGGCCUUUACUACAUCAUGUCCAUUCCUGCCAUUUGAAAUGGUGGUCAGUACAUGGAGAGUAAGCAUAUAUGAGCAUCAGGAAAUAAAAUGUCAAGCAGAGGAAGUGCAAGUUCUGGCUCUCUGCCGUCAAAGAAAGGACCAGCAGUCAAGCCGAGUACCAAAUUUAGAGAAGAGGGAGAGGCAGCUCCAAGGAGGAUAGUAAAGGAGACAAGAGCUGUUGUCAUAGACAUUGGGACUGGCUCCUGCAAAUGUGGCUUUGCUGGAGAACAAAAGCCAAGCCAUGUGAUUUCAUCUACUGUAGGCAAGCAUAUCCAGGAGACAGCAAAGACUGGAGAUAACCGGAAGGAAACUUUCGUUGGAAGAGAACUUCAGGAAGCUACAGUACCCUUAAAACUUGUCAAUCCUUUAAGACAUGGAAUAAUAGUGGACUGGGAUUCUGUUCAAGAUAUGUGGGAGUACCUUUUCCUUAGGGAGAUGAGGAUUCGACCUGAAGAGCAUGCUGUCCUAGUAUCGGAUCCUCCUCUAAGCCCUACCACCAACAGAGAAAAAUAUGCAGAAAUGCUCUUUGAAACCUUUUGCACACCUGCUAUGCACAUUGCUUACCAGUCAAGAUUGUCAAUGUAUUCCUAUGGAAAGACCUCAGGUCUCGUGGUGGAGAGCGGUCAUGGUGUCUCCUAUGUAGUUCCCAUUUACGAAGGAUACACCAUGCCAAGCAUUACCGAAAGAGUAGACUAUGCUGGAUCUGAUGUCACUCAGUACCUAAUGAAGUUAAUAAAUGAGAAUAUAAAAUUGUUCACAGAGAAAGACUGGAAUAUCGUAGAGGAUAUCAAAGAGAACUAUUGUUUCACUUCACUGGAUUAUCAACAUGAUGCAGCCACAGCUCCCAGGAAACAUGAGGUUGAGUAUCAGCUUCCUGACGGGCAAGUUAUCAUUAUUGGCAAAGAAAGAUUCUUAUGUGCUGAAAUGCUCUUUAAGCCAUCCUUGAUAAACUCACAGCAACUGGGACUUCCUCUCCUGACCAUGACUUCCCUCAACAAGUGUGAUGUUGCCCUCAAAAAGAACCUGAUGGGCAACAUCUUGUUAUGUGGGGGCUGCACCACACUAAAGGGCUUUGCUGACCGCUUCCAGAGAGAGCUGAUUAGAAUGUGCCCAAAUGAUAAUCCCAUUUCAUCAGCUUCUCCGGAAAGGAAAACAUCUGUCUGGACCGGAGGCUCCAUUCUUGCAUCUCUCAAGGCUUUCCAGCAGCUUUGGGUUCAUAGAAGAGAGUAUGAAGAAAAGGGUCCUUUUUACAUCUACCGGAAAUGUUUCUAAAUCCCAAACGUGAAUCCCUUCGCCUAGGAGAACGGGGUGAAGUUUGGUUGACAAAAUGGACACACUUUCCCCUGCUACCCCUAUAAUACCAAUCUGCAUGUUAUAUGAUCUGGAUGACAUUCUGUUCUCUGUGUAUUAAAAGCUCAUUGUUGUAACAGCAAAAGAUAGCAUUCCCUUUUUUGGUGCGAGUAACAACAAAAAUCAGAGAAGAUUAAUGCAUCAAGGAAAACCUUCCAAUUAGAUGAUCUAUGCUGAGAGCCAGCAACUGCACUUAUUCAUUCAUUCAUUCAUAGUAAGCUUUGUUGAACCGAAUGGGAUUGUCUUUUGAAUAAAUUAGGGAGGAUUGUACACAUACUAUAUUCCUGAAAACAGUGUCUAUCUUAACAAAGAAAAAUAAAAAGCAGAGUAGAACACCUUAAAAUAACAAAAUAUCUCAUGAAUUCCAGUUGUGUUUUUGCAGAAUUUUUAAACCUUACCUGUUAUAUAGCCAGUGCUAACCUUGCACCAUUCACAUGCUUUCGAAGUAUAUCCCAGCAACUUUAGCAGCUCUGAGAUUUCUUUUAAGAAUAAAGUCAGGUUUUCAUUAGCAAACUUGUGCAUGUUGGCUAUGCAUAAUCUUUAGAGGUUGCACAGAGUUAUGAAAUUGCAAUCCACAGUAUUUGUAAUAUGCACCCUUUAUUAAAAAUAUAAACAGGCAUCGGUCAACAUUCAUACACAAACAUAUCUGUUCGUGUAUUCAAUCACUGGAAACUAUGUCCAGAAAAGGACUGUGUACUCGGUGCUUCAUCAUGUAGAAAAUCAAAGAUGAGAGAUUCAAAGAAAAAAGUUACAAUAAAACUGUAUUAACCUCUCCCCAUCUUCUCUCUCCUUUGUUCUCAGAAAAAGAAUGUUCCACCAAUAUUCAGCCUGUCAAAACAGGGCUUAAUAUAUUAAUAAAAUUCUUGCUCAGUGGUACUGAAUUGUGUAUCUUUAAAAAAAUCCCUACAAAAAUAAAGUGCUACUGGUAGCCCUGCUUUAAAAUCUCCAAAUAACAUUUCAGAUAUCAAACUGCAAAAAAAAAA